AUGGAUCUGCCCCUGGAGACAGAUGAGUACAUCAAGGAGUCAAUUGAAAACUCGUUGGGGCUUCUUGUUUCCGAUAAGACCCUACAUUUGAAGCUUCUUGUCUCUGAGGACGAAAGGCGGCGCCUCCAAGACAAGAUUUUCACUCUGCAGGAUCAUCUUGCCGAGGCGGACCGGCGACUCGAGCGCCACAGGGUCCGGUCUCUCACUCCCUAGAAGUUUCGUUCGGUAUCUUUGGUUAUCUGCUUCUAGGGUUUUGCGUUCGAUCCAAUUUUUACAAUCGUAUGAUUAACCAAUCUAUUUCUUUCAUUACUGAUCAGGCAGAAGCAAACAUGAACGCUCAGGGGCUGAAACGAUGCAUUGAGGAGAAGGAGGCGAUGUCGUCGAGGUACUCCGAGUUGUCUAACCACUGCGCCAAGUUGGAGAAGGAGUGCACAUUGUAUGAACGGGAUAUUGAGAGGUUGAUGGACUCCUGUGACGACUUGGCGAGGGAGAACGAAGAACUAAGAGCGCAGCUGAGGGAAAAUGCGGUGAGCUCACUUCUUGAUCUUACCUUGCGUGCAUUUUUCUUUGAAUGGAAAAUAGGGCUGUUGAGCUUCCAUCCUGAUCUCUAAUUUUGGUGUUUCUUGAAAGAAUGAUAAAUGCUCUUGCUUUUGGCUCGAGUUUGUUUGCCGGCAUCUUUACUGAUAUCAAGAAGCAAUGAGAUGUUCCCCUAAAAGUUCCUCACGUUGAAACAAAGAAGUUUUCGACCAACAUUAUCCAAUGUGUAGCACAUAGUUAAUCCCAGGGGAUAGAAAUUUUGUUCUUCUGCCCUAGGGAGGAAAUACUCUCUUGAAAAACAAGAGGGGGAAGAAAAAUCUGGAUACCGUAUGUGUCGACUUAUGGAGAACUUCGGUCUUGAGCUGAUGGUCAUUUCCAUUGAAGAAGGUGCAAGUGAAUGUAUAGGAAAGUGAUCAUUUUCUGGAGAGAAUUUAUACAGCAUAGUGGGCAGCAUAUUGGGUAUCAUACUGUAAAUUCCUGCAGGUGCAAAUAUAAAUGGAUAAAAAAUAAGCAUUUUCCAACGACGCUGACCCUUUUGUAUUAGAAAUCCUGCGUGAGAAUAUGGGACUAAUAUUUAGUAAACAUUUGACAAGUACUCUUGAGGAAGAUCAUAUAUUCGUGCAUUGAGCUUACCUCUUUUUUCUAGACGCUCCUCCUGAUCUUAGAGGAACCUUGAGAAUUUCCAGAUGGUGAAUUCAAAACUGAGACUAAGGAGGUAGUUUCUUACGCUGUAGUUGGUUGCACUGAACCUUCAAUCAAAUCCUCUCCUGCAGAGUCUUGUUGAUAUUGGAUUUUGGGGUCCAUUAUUUGGAUCUUCCCAACUCUAGAUCAAUGGGAUAGGGCUUUUCAUUCUGAAAUACUGGACUCACUUUUGAAUCUGCCUUACAUUCCUUAACUUCUGUUACUUCUUCCCAGACAAUAGAGCAACCUAACGAAGAUUUGAUAAUAAAUCAUUUUAAUUUGAUGAAAUGGGGCCCUUUGAACUGCUUAUACGGACGAUUAGCUGCCCACCAAUUUUUUUCCGGGUUUCCUCUAUUGUUGGGUUGUUUUUCCUUACUCAUUUAUUUUGAAAAUGAAUGCAUCAUACAGGUUACUACGUUGGUCUCAGAAGUGGAAACUCUGAAAAAAGAUAAGGAGCAUCUGCGGAUUAAUCUUAACAGAGCUGAAGAGGAGGUACGACAAUAGAAAACCAUAACAUCAGUUAUUCAAAUGCUUGACACAAAAAAUAACUCUUAAAUAUCUGCCUGAUCUAAGGUCAAAGUUCUUUUCGAAGAAAACAACAUUCUGGAUGAAGAGAACAAAAGGUUGCUGAAGCUUUUAAACAGAGAGCUUCAUAGCCAGGGGUCUGGAAGCAAAUACUCAGCUAUUGCUCCUGCCAAGGUGAGGAAGACUGGUCUCUCCUUUCUCUUCUCCCUAGGGUAAUAUGCAUUGAUUUUGAAUGUCGUGCAUUGUUACUUUGGCCUCCAUAUUCAUGAGGUCUUCUAGAAGAUUAAGGUGGAAAAUAGACAAAAUAUGGUUGAUGUGGUCCAUGGAUCCACAUGCAUAUUAGAAUCCCAUCGAAGUGAAUAAGGGUGGUUACAAGUCCUAAAUCGCGAUGAUUGACAUUUUUAGUUCUUAUCUUCUGUCUUCUUUUCUGUGACUACAGAUCAUCUAAAAGUGAGUGAUGGUGAUCUCCUUGGUUGGAUCAUAUGUUGUAGCAUAAAUAUUUUUGAUAUCGUUGUUAAGGUGCAUGCUGGAUGCACUUAAUAUUCACGAUGGGUUUAUUAUUUCUGGGAUUAUUUGUGAAUUCUUAAUCUUAGAAUUCUCAUUUUGAUCGCUAAUCGAGUCGUGUUUAAAAUGUUUUUCUAUCUGUAUUUAUAUAGCUGCAAUUUAUAUAGAGGUUAAGGUGCAUGGUGGAUGCACAGAGAUUUAUGUGCCUUUCUUCUCAACAGGCUUUGGUUUCAUUUUUUUUGGUUUCUUUUAUUCAUUCUGUUUUCUUUUAGCAGACAUCGAUUCAAUGAUUUGAUACUUUUUCAGAGAACCCGUGGAAUGUAUAAACAUGAAACGUGCAUUUAAGAUCUUUGUAGAGAACGGAUUUCACCUUUACUAGACGAUCUGCCCGACUAACUAGCAACGAGGCUGCUUUUCCCAGUACCUGCAUCGUUGUCAGCUUUGCAUAUUUAAGGGUUCAUGCUGUUCUUCAAAGAUACAUGAUUCAUUAGGGUGUUCUACACGGUGGCCCCAUCCGUUUUUUAUUUUUGGCAUCUUCUGUAUAAAUAAAUAAUCCUUCUGGAUGUGAAAGUUCUUCUUCUUAGUCGUUAAUAUUUAGUAAAGUUACUUAUCUUGAAAAUCACAAGAUUGUCAAAGGGUCGGAUAUAGAUUAGGAGUGAAGGUGAUAGAUAGGACAAAGUAUUUUCAAAGGGUCGGAUUCCUAGGCGUUUUGUGUAGCAGGGUAGCCAUUUUUUUCUAAUCCUCUCUCUCUCUCCUCCCACACGUGUAAAAGGGUGGAUGGGGACGGGGGAGAACAACUCUGAUGAAAAAAAGAUGGGACAAGACAGAUAUUGGCUGGGCUUGUGAACGGGAAACUCGGGGAUCUUCCUCCCUGAAGUCUGAAAGAAGCUUCUUUUUCCUACCUCAAAAGAGUCGGAAAACACCUUUUAAAGAAGUCUUCGUAGAGUAAAGGAUAAUUUGUGAAAUUUUAUAAUGAUCUCAUCACAUCUCAUUUAUGGGUAUUAUUUUGGAAAUUUUAUAUUCCUUUUGUUGCAGGGUAAACGGAAGUCUAGCCCUUUGGAGAAGGCGGUAGAAUUCAAUGGGACAGAUCUGUCGAGGCAGCCAUUGUCACCUCUGCAGCAGAAUUCUCCUGACAGUAGGAUGCAUAAAAAGUAG